AUGAAGUGGCUGAAGCCAUACAUCGACGAAGAUCGCAUUAUUCGCGUCGGUGGCCGGUUGCUGAACGCCACACUCUUCGAUUACGUCAAGCAUCCUAUCGUACUCUCUGCCAAACACCCGCUGUCGACUCUGCUGGCUAGUUUCUUUCACUUGAAGCUACUGCACACAGGGCCGCAACUCAUGCUAGCCACAUUGCGCCGGAAGUUUUGGAUUCUUGGCGGCAGAAAUUUGUCCAAUUCCGUUUUCCACCAUUGUCACACUUGCUUUCGUAGCAAGCCCACACUAGGCCAGCAGAGCACAGCAGAUCUUCCGGCAUCGCGAGUCUCACCAACUCGUCCAUUCUCCGUCUGUGGAGUCGACUACUGUGGACCAUUUCUGCUGAAGGCAACCGUCCGCAAUCGGUCUACAACCAAGGCCUACGUGGCAAUUUUCGUUUGCUUCGUCACGAGAGCCGUCCACAUCGAGCUUGUUUGCGACCUCACUACAGCUGCUUUCCUGGCAACCCUCCGUCGUGUGGUUGCUCGAAGAGGAAGAAUUGCCGAGCUGCACUCGGACAAUGCGUCAACUUUCAAGGGUGUGUCACACGCACUAAACCGUAUCUACCAGAUGCUGAAGGUAGACAGCAACGAUCGGGAUCUGAUCUUCAAUUGGUGUGCGAAGAACGAGUUUCGGUGGAAGUUUAUUCCACCACGUGCACCGCACUUUGGCGGCCUUUGGGAGGCUGCAGUCACGGCAGCGAAGAAGCACCUCCUGAAAAUAGUAGGCAACACAAACAUUGCCUAUGAACAGAUGUUGACUCUACUGGCACAGGUCGAAAUGUGCCUCAAUUCCCGUCCGCUGACUCCGAUGUCAAGUGAACCGUCCGGUCUAGAGGUCCUAGCUCCAGGACAUUUUCACGUCGAAGCCAACCUUCAAGCGGUACCUGAUGCUGAUUUUCGUGGGAUUCCUGAUAAUUAUCUGGAAGCUUACGAUGUGGUCCAGAAGCAUCUCCAGAACAUCUGGGCCCGCUGGUACCCGGAGUACCUUCAACAAACGUCCUCCAACUGA